AUGAGCAGUCCAGAGUACUUUAGUCUGCACAUGAGCAGUCCAGAGUACUUUAGUCUGCACAUGAGCAGUCCAGAGUACUUUAGUCUGCACAUGAGCAGUCCAGAGUACUUUAGUCUGCACAUGAGCAGUCCAGAGUACUUUAGUCUGCACAUGAGCAGUCCAGAGUACUUCAGUCUGCACAUGAGCAGCGUUUUGACAGCGUCUGCUCUUCUGAUUUCCCUCAGAGGGCCAGGCAGUGCACGGCUGAAAGAGCGCGCUUUGCAAGCACCCUUAACAAGGCCGUACAGUGUUGGUAGCAGGAAGCCCUCUGCCCCGGACCCUCCCCUCUCUGCCCCGGACCCCCCCCCUCCCUCUGCCCCGGACCCUCCCCUCUCUGCCCCGGACCCUCCCCUCUCUGCCCCGGACCCUCCCCUCUCUGCCCCGGACCCUCCCCUCUCUACCCCGGACCCUCCCCUCUCUGCCCCGGACCCUCCUCCCUCUGCCCCGGACCCUCCCCUCUCUACCCCGGACCCUCCCCUCUCUACCCCGGACCCUCCCCUCUCUGCCCCGGACCCUCCCCUCUCUGCCCCGGACCCUCCCCUCUCUGCUCUGAACGCUUGGACAGGGCAGGGCGGCCCUAGGCUGAGGUUGCCAAGCAAGAAAAACUGCUCGGAUGUUGUGGAAAUACCCAUGAUGAUGUUGCCACCCGGACAGCGGUCUUGA